ACUUAUCAGACCAUCUCCAGCGAGGAAGAAGCGUCGUGAAAAAAGCCGCAAAAUAUACACAGACUGAAGUAUUUUCGCGAAUUACUUGAACACAACGUGCGGAAAAGUAUUCGGAACGCCCCAAGAUGAGUGGCGGCACCAUGCUAUAUGGCGGCGACGAGAUCGGCGCCCUGGUCUUCGAUCCCGGACAUCACUCCUUGCGAGUGGGCUACGCACAGGAGGAUUCGCCCAAGGCGGAGAUACCCUCGGUUGUGGGGAUUGGAGCAGCUCCAGAGACCAAUCUCGAUCCGGAAACCAAAACAGAUAACAAUGCCACGCCAAAUAAUGCUGACCAGCGUAAGUUCUAUGUGGACACCAACUACGUGACCGUUCCCCGUUCCAAUAUGGAGGUGCAGACCUAUAUGAAAGACGGCAUGAUCGACAACUGGGACCUGUUUGAGAAGGUGAUUGAUUACGCCUAUGCCAAUGUCAUUCAGUCGGAGCCGGAAUACCAUCCCGUGCUCUUUUCCGAGGCAUCGUGGAAUGUCCGCAACAACCGCGAGAAGCUAACUGAGCUGAUGUUCGAGAAGUACAAUGUUCCAGCCUUCUUUCUGGUAAAGAACGCCGUUCUGGCUGCCUUCUCCAGCGGGCGGGCCACCGCUUUGGUUGUCGAUAGCGGAGCCACCCACACCUCGGCCGUUCCCGUGCAUGAGGGCUAUGUCCUAUCUCAGGCGGUGGUUAAGUCACCCCUGGGUGGGGACUUCCUUUCACGACAGUGCCGCCAGCAUCUGGAGAAGCACGGCAUUGAUCUGUCGCCGGUAUACAAGAUUGCCUCCAAAGACGUCGUUAAGGAGCGCGACAACGGACGCUUCACGCUGCGCAAACUGCCAGAGAACCUAACUCAGUCGUGGCAAAACUACAUGUUGCAGCUCAUGAUGCAGGACUUUCAGAUGAAUGUGCUGCAGGUCCUCGAAAAUCCGUUCGACGAACGGGUUGCUGCCCAAAUCCCGACGGUACACUAUGAGUUUCCUAAUGGUUAUCAUCAGGACUUUGGUUCUGAGCGGUUCAAGAUAGCCGAGAGUCUCUUUGACAAUGCCAUGCUGGGAGCUGGCCAAUUGGCGUCCACCAGCGUGGGCAUGUGUGAUGCGGAUGUGCGGCUGUCACUUUUCGGCUCAGUUGUUGUUACUGGUGGCAAUACUCUUCUGCAAGGCUUUCCGGAGCGCCUAAAUCGCGAUCUCCAGCUACGUGCUCCCUCAAAUACGCGACUAAAAAUGAUUUCUGCCAAUGGCAGCGUGGAGCGAAGAUUUGGAGCCUGGAUUGGUGGUUCUAUCCUAGCCAGCAUAGGUACUUUCCAGCAGAUGUGGAUAUCGUCGCAGGAGUACGAGGAGGCCGGCAAGAGCCAAGUCGAGCGGAAGUGUCCGUAAGGACAGCGCAAUCGAAUUCCAAUUUUAAUUUUAAAGACGCAACUCUAUGUAAUAAUAUAAAUGUGAACUUUUAAGUGUCCCAUUAUUCAGAAGACA